AUGCGCACGCUGGAUGCUGUGAUGAUGGCUUUCAAGAGCAAGGGGGAGGACGUUGACAAUUGUGGGGAUUGGUUCAAAAUGUCUUCUCCUGAGAGGCAAGAGCUGCAGUCCUACACUGCGCCGAAGGAUGUGCUCGAAGAGUUCGCCGCGAUGGCGGAAGAGGAAGACGUCGACCCCUUUGCGGAGACAGCAUUGAAGCGUCAAGUCCUCCAGCGUGGCUCUGAAUACCAGCGUAAAGGUGCCGAACGAGCUAUGGAGCGUGGAAACGAGGCUAUUCGAGCCGAUCCGUUUGCCCAAGGUGCAGAAGGGGACGGGGACAGUUACAAAGAUGCUAUGCGUCUCCAGAUGCUUGAGAGGGAAGAAGAACGCGUCAGGAGAGCGAUUGUAGAGAAGGAGAGGAAGGAAAAGGAAGAAGGAAAAGUCGCGCAGGACUUGGAUAAAACGCCGCCCGCAGAACUGUUGGCACUCAUGAGGGGAGAUCAGACCCCACCAAGGCUUGGCAUGGACCUCGACAAGACACCGCCUAAAGCCCAACCUGCGGCGAGUUCGACACGCCGGAAGCGUCGUUGGGAUAUCAAAGACGACGAAGAGACUGCUGUCGAGUCUGACAGUACUGCCGUUGCCACUGGUGAGUGGUCUGAAAAGGCGUUGGAGGAGGCUGCUCCGCCAAAGAAGAAACGAUCGAGGUGGGACGAGACGCCUGCAGAAGAGGCCGCUGUUAAGGCUGAAGAAACUGCCCCCGCUGCCGCUGCCGCCCCAAAGCGCUCACGAUGGGAUCAAACACCUGUCGGCUUGCCUCCUAUGACCGCUUCUGGUGGUCUUGCACCAAUUAUCAUGCCGAACUAUCAUGCUUUGUCAGAAGACAAAAACAACCGGUACAUGUCCGAUGACGAGCUUGACAUCGUCCUACCACCAAGUGGUUACGUGAUUGUGACACCUCCACCGGGAUACGAGCGUGUAGCCCCACCGAAGAAUAUCUCGAACCCGUUGACCGGGUUCCAAAUUCAAGAAGAGGGAUCUGGAGCCACUGCGGCGAUUGCAGCUGCCCUUGGUCCAGAAGCGCCGACCGAAAUACCUGGCGUCGGCAAUCUCGCCUUCUUCAAGCCGGAAGAUGCGACAUACUUCAGCAAGAUCCUGAAAGAGGAAGAUGAAACUGAGAUGUCCGUUGAGGAGCUCAAAGAGCGCAAGAUCAUGCGCCUCCUGCUCAAAAUCAAGAACGGCACACCACCCGUGCGGAAGACUGCCUUACGUCAGAUCACUGACAAGGCACGUGAAUUUGGUGCCGGCCCACUGUUUGACAAGAUCCUUCCGCUGCUAAUGGAACGCACGCUGGAGGAUCAGGAACGUCACUUGCUCGUCAAGGUCAUCGAUCGUGUCCUGUACAAGCUCGACGAUCUCGUGCGGCCAUACGUGCAUAAGAUUCUUGUGGUUAUUGAGCCCCUGCUCAUUGAUGAAGACUAUUAUGCCCGUGUCGAAGGUCGGGAGAUCAUUUCCAACCUGUCCAAGGCCGCUGGUCUGGCACACAUGAUCUCUACCAUGCGUCCAGAUAUCGAUCAUGUUGACGAAUACGUACGGAACACAACUGCGCGUGCCUUCUCCGUCGUCGCCUCCGCCCUUGGCAUCCCUUCGCUGCUUCCCUUCCUCCGCGCUGUCUGCCGGAGCAAGAAGUCUUGGCAGGCUAGACACACCGGUAUCCGCAUCGUCCAGCAAAUUGCUAUAAUGAUGGGUUGUGCCGUCUUGCCCCACCUGCGCAACCUGGUCGACUGUGUCGCUCACGGCUUGGAAGAUGACCAGCAAAAGGUACGCACUAUGACAGCGCUCGCGCUUGCGGCGCUCGCCGAGGCUGCAGCACCUUACGGUAUCGAAUCGUUCGACAACGUGCUCAAGCCGCUGUGGAUUGGUAUUCGUCAGCACCGUGGUAAGGGCCUCGCUGCCUUCCUCAAGGCGAUUGGGUUUAUCAUCCCGCUCAUGGAUCCCGAAUAUGCGUCAUACUAUACUAAAGAAGUCACCGUCAUUCUCAUCCGCGAGUUCCAGAGCUCGGACGAGGAGAUGAAGAAGAUAGUCCUCAAGGUUGUGAAACAAUGCGCAGCAACGGAGGGUGUUACUCCCGCAUACAUCAAGCAUGAUAUUCUGCCCGAAUUUUUCAGGGCGUUCUGGGUCCGUCGCAUGGCCCUUGAUAAACGUAAUUUCAAGCAGGUUGUGGAGACUACCGUAGAGCUGGCGCAGAAGGCGGGUGUGGCUGAGAUCGUCGGGCGGAUUGUCAACGACCUCAAGGAUGACUCUGAACCGUACCGAAAGAUGGUCAUGGAGACCAUUACCCAAGUGGUUGCAAAGCUUGGCGCGUCCGACAUCGACGAGAAGCUAGAGGAGAAACUUAUCGAUGGCAUCAUCUAUGCCUUCCAAGAACAGACAAGCGAAGAUCAGAUUAUGCUCGAUGGUUUCGGCACCGUCGUCAACGCGCUUGGUGUACGCGUCAAGAAGUACCUCACGCAGAUCGUAUCAACCGUUCUCUGGCGGCUGAAUAACAAGAGUGCUAAAGUCAGGCAGCAAGCUGCGGAUUUGACCACUCGAUUGGCUGUUGUCAUCAAACAGUGUGGUGAAGACGCUCUGCUUAGCAAGCUUGGACUCGUCUUGUUCGAGCAACUUGGCGAAGAAUACCCCGAUACCCUCGGUUCUAUUAUCGCUGCGGAGGGUGCUAUCGCCAACGUGGUUGGUAUGACACAUAUGAACCCUCCCGUCAAGGAUCUCUUACCUCGUAUGACGCCCAUUCUCCGCAAUCGACACGAGAAAGUGCAAGAGGCAUCUAUCAACUUGAUCGGCCGUAUUGCCGAUCGCGGUGCCGAGUUCGUACCUGCUCGAGAGUGGAUGCGUAUCUGCUUCGAGUUGCUUGACCUCCUCAAGGCACACAAGAAAGGUAUUCGGCGUGCGGCUGUCAACUCGUUCGGCUAUAUCGCCAAGUCUCUGGGUCCGCAGGAUGUGCUCCAAGUCCUGCUUACCAAUUUGCGGGUACAGGAACGUCAAAGCCGCGUGUGCAGCACCGUCGCCAUCGCCAUCGUCGCUGAAACUUGUGGGCCGUUCACCUGCAUCCCCGCUAUCCUAAACGAGUACCGCACCGCAGAACUGAAUGUCCGCACCGGAUGUUUGAAGGCACUGGCAUUUGUCUUCGAAUACGUCGGACCUCAAUCCGCGUUCUACGUUGACUCAGUGGUCACCAUGCUGGAAGAUGCUCUGACGGAUCGUGAUCUCGUCCAUCGUCAAACUGCGAGCACAAUCGUCAAGCAUCUCGCACUUGGUGUCGCUGGCCUAGGUUGUGAAGACUCGAUGAUGCACUUGAUGAACCUUGUAUGGCCCAAUUGUUUCGAGACUUCACCGCACGUUAUCGGCGCAGUUAUGGAUGCGAUCGAGGCAAUGAGGGUCUCCCUGGGUCCAGGCAUUUUACUUAGCUACACGCUGCAGGGUCUGUUCCAUCCCGCUAGGAAGGUGCGUGAAGUAUAUUGGCGGGUCUAUAAUGCCCUGUACCUCGGGGCUCAAGACUCAAUGGUCCCGUUCUACCCGGACCUUGCUGAAUUGAGCGACAAGAGGAACACGUAUGAUAGACACGCCCUUCAGAUGUUCUUGUAAUUAGUAUGUUUCAGUCUGUACUAUAUAAAUAGCGG